AUGCCUCUAAACUUAGAUAUAAAAAAAAAACUAAACUCGCGUAUUGGUAAAGUAAAAUGCGUUGAUAUUCAUGAAACGGAAACCUGGAUUCUUGCUGCAUUGUAUAAUGGGAAAUUAGUAAUAUUUGAUUACGCUAAUCAGAAUACAAUUAAAAAUGUGGAAGUAACUGCGUUUCCUUUAAGAUGUGCAAAAUUUAUUGAGAAAAAACAGUGGAUAAUAUGUGCAGGUGAUGACAUGACAUUAAGAGUUUAUAAUUAUAACACUUUUGAAAAAGUAAAAUCUUUUGAAGAUCAUACGGAUUAUAUAAGAUAUAUCGAAGUACAUCAAACGUUACCUUACAUAUUAACAAGUGCAGAUGAUAUGACAAUAAAAUUAUAUGACUAUGAAAAUAAUUUUGAAAAAUUAUGUUCUUUUGAGAAUCACAUUCAUUAUGUGAUGAUGUGUAAAUUUAAUCCUAAGGAUACAUAUAUAUUUGCAUCAGCUUCUUUAGAUAAAACUAUUAAGAUAUGGGGUGUGCAAAAUAAUACUCCAGUUGUUACGAAACCACAUUUUACCUUAACAGGUCAUACAAAAGGUGUAAAUUGUAUUGAUUAUUCUAGUAGUGGAGAAACAUCCUAUAUAAUAAGUGGAAGUGAUGACAAAACAAUACGUAUAUGGGAUUAUCAUACCAAACAAUGUAUUCAAGUAUUAACUGGUCAUACACAGAAUGUAUCUUGUUUGAUAUAUUAUAGUAAUUUACCUAUUAUAAUUUCAUCAUCAGAAGAUUGUAAUGUUAAAAUAUGGAAUAGUUCUAUGUUUAAAUUAGAAAGUACAUUAAAUUAUAAUAUGGAUAGGUGUUGGUCAUUAAGUGCAAAAAAAACAAAAAAUGAUUUAUGUAUAGGUUAUGAUGAAGGGUUAGUAGUAAUACAGAUAGGAUCCGAUAAACCCAUAUGUACAAUGUUUAAAAACAAAAUACUUUAUAUAAAGAAUACAGAUAUAUAUAUUAUAAAUUUACAAAAUGUAAGUCUUGAUGAAUAUAAUGAUGGAGAUUUAUAUAAAGUUAAUAAAAAAGAAUUAGGAAAUUGUGAUUUUUAUCCUACCAAUGUGUCUUUUCAUCCAAGUGGAAGAUUUAUAUGUGUAAGUGGUCAUCAUGAAUUUAAUAUUUAUACUUCUCAAGUAUUAAGAAAUAAAGCUUAUGGAAAAAGUGAUUUCUUUGUUUGGGCUUUUAAUGGUGAUUAUGCAAUUAAAGAUGAGGGUAAUAAAAUAAACAUAUAUAAAGAUUUUACUUCAACCCAUUCUUUUCAAGUAUCUUUUACAAUUACACAGUUAUUUGGUGGAUAUUUAUUAGGAGUUAAAUCUUCUAAUUUUAUUUGUUUCUAUGAUUGGACUGAUUACAGUAUGGUAAGAAAAAUUGAUGUUAAUGUGAAAAAUGUAUACUGGAAUGAGUCAGGGACUUAUGUUGCUUUAUCUACUGAAGACACUAUAUAUAUAUUGAGUUAUUUGAAUGCAGAAGGGAACAUACUAAGGGAUAUCAGAAACAGUGAUAUGAAGAAUAGUAACAUGGUGAGUGGCAGUAUGAUGGGUAGCAACGGCAGCUACAAUAAAGCAUCUGCUACGGGUGCUGGUUCUGUUCCUGGCAUUAAUGGAGAAAGCACAAAAAAUGUAGGAAUAGACGAAGAAAACAAUUUUGAACUUGAGAGCGAAAUUAACGAAUCGAUUGAGAGCGGCAUAUGGAUAUACGAUAGCUUUUUAUACGUUUCUACGAAUCUAAGACUAUAUAUUUAUACAAAGAAAUUUAUUGACAUAUAUGCAUAUAUUGAUAAAUAUCUGUACAUAUGUGGAUAUGUAUAUGAAUACGACCGGAUUUUUCUACAUGACAAAAACUACAAUUUUUAUAGCUUCUUAUUACCAAUUACGUACUUACAAUAUCAAAAAUCUAUUAUGAACAAAGAUUUUGUUUCAUCUGAUAAUUUAGUAAAUAAAAUCCCUGAAUCUUUAUAUAAUAAAUUAAGUCUAUUUUUAGAAAAAAUGGGUUAUAAAGAUAAAGCAUUAAAUAUGUGUACAGAUUUAGAAAAAAAAUUCGAACUAUCUUUAUCUAUAGGUAAUUUACAAUUAUGUGUAGAUAUAAUAAAAGAAUUAGAAAAAAAAGAAAAUAAUUCUUUUAUACAUAAUAAAUACCAAGGUUUAGGUGAUACUGCAUUAGUAUAUAAUGAUAUACCUAUGGCUAUAUAUUGUUAUAAAAAAACGAGUGAAUUUUCAUCUUUAUUAAUAAUUUUAUCCACAUUAGGAGAUAAAAUAGGUAUAGAAGAAUUAGGUAACAUGUGUUUGAAUAAUCAGAAAUAUAAUAUUGCUUUUAUAUGUUACUUUUUAUUACAUAAAAUAAAUAAAUGUGUGGACAUUUUAUUAACUAAUAAUAAUUUUGCAUAUGCUUCUUUUUUCGCAAGAGUAUAUAAACCUUCUUUACUACCAAUGAUUUUGUUAAAAUGGAAAAAUUAUUUAAAUAAAAUGUACCCUAAUUCUCCCAUUUUACUAUUAACACCUGAUGAAAAUCCUGAAUAUUUCCCAGAUUAUGAACAAGCAGUGAAAUGCGAAUCCAUAUUUGAUAAAAUUAAAACAAUUGGAAGUACAAAAAAUUAUAAUACCUUAAAAAAAUUAAUUGAUCUAAAUAUUAUGGAAGAAAUAAAGGAAAUAGGACAUGAAAAGGUCGAGGACAUUUUUCUUAAUCAGUUUAAUGAGGAUCUGGAAAAGGACGUUCAAAAUUUUGACAUGAUAAAGUCAUUUGGUACUACACAAAAUAAAAAUAAAGUGUACGGAAGCCAAGAAAAUGAAAAACAAAUACAGAAAGAUUCUGAAAAUGUAAAUGUAUCGACAACAAAUGAAUUUUACGAUAUAAAUGACCCCAACUAUAAUAAUAAAGACUUUGAUAAAAUGGAAGAUACUGAUUUUUUAAACAACAGUGAUAUAAUCGACUUUGCUAAUCAAGAAAAAGUGCCUCCAUCUGUUGCUAACGCUGAUGAUAUUAAUAACUCAAUUGAAAAUGCAGAUUACUCUCCUAUGGAUCCGAAUAAAGAAGAGGGAAAAGGAAAAGAUGAAGAUACGGAGAAAUUUCAUCACGAGGAAAAUUAA